AUGCUCUCAACCGGCUCAAACUACGACCAUGUCCAGCCUCAUGAGCGUCCUGAUAUUGCCCCCGUCCUCACCAGUUCCAGAACCUAUCGGCCCCGAACUCCAAGGUCUUGCGACUUUUGUCGAUCUCGUAAGAGUGCCUGCAGACUAGAUCAGGGUCCUCCUUGCUACGCAUGUCGGUUAUAUGACCGAGAAUGUGUCAUCAGCGAGAGGCCCCCACGGAAAAGGCAGAAGUCGGAUGUUGAAGCAGCCAAGACUAACACCUACAACGCUCAAAAGCCACAGGUCGCACCUUCUACCCUCAAUGACUUUGAUAUAGCUCUUUUCUCGCCACAAUCCACUGGCAGUUCCCAACAUCUAUCACCGGCCGAGGUCGCUGGUUCUGUGACGUCGCAACUCUCUACCGAUGCCCUCAAUCAGACUAGGCUAUUCCACGCAGGUCGAGAACGUGAUGUCCCUCCAGAAUCUCUGGAUGCGUGGCCGACAAAGACAGCUUUCCUUCUAGGUGACACGGGGGAAUCGGAUCCGUACCUCUUGCGGCAUUUCUCCUCCGACCGUCUCGACUCGGCGGACAACAUAGGCAAAGUGACACCGCGACACAUACUGCGAGCCUUAGACCCAGAUGUCAUGCACAGUACCGAAAGGCCUUUGAUCAUGUCCAUCGCGGAUCAUUCGUUAUACGACCGAGGAGAGCCUAGACUGGACCAGAAGGUGCUUGACGAGGCGUCAGAGGAAGUUUCGCAGAUGGUCUCAGAGGAGACGGGUGUCCGCCUAGUGAAACUGUUCUUCCGAUAUGUCUAUCCAUACUUCCCCAUCCUGUCCAAGACCCGGCUUCUCUGUCCUAUGGCUGAGCUUCCAUCAAAACUCAAAACUCUUUCGCUCUCGCUCAAGGCUGCCAUUUACGCAUCUGCUUUGGCCUUUUUCACAUAUGACGAUGUGCUUGCUACCACUAUAGUUCACUCACCUCCGUCGAGUCAACGGCUAUACCGAAUUGCAUGGUUGGCUGUCACGCAUGAGGUGCACACACCACAUUUAUCUACGCUCCAGUCGUGCUUGCUGCUUCUUCAAAGAGUCAACGACGAUCGCUUUGUCAUGGAUACGGUCUUCCGCUGGAGCCUCCUAGGCUGGACGGUCGCACUCGCGCAGAGCUUCGGGCUGUCGACUGAUUGUCUUGACUGGGUUGGCAUCCCAGAUUGGGAGAAGCGUCUACGGCGGAGACUCUGGUGGGCCACUUUCGUCAUGGACAAAUGGGCUUUUAUGUCGGCAGGUCUGACGAGCCACAUCCACAACGACAACUAUGACGUCUCGCCCUUGAUAAGUUUGGAUUUUGCAUAUGCAGGAGAUUCUGAAACAGACGCAUCGGAACAAAAUGCUGACGACCAGGUUGAGCCAUUGUCACACUUCUAUCAUCUCACACGACUCACGGCAAUCCUCAGUGAUAUCCAAGUUGCUUUCUUUACCCUCACAGCUUCGAAGCGAACCCAAAGAGAUCUUGCGCUAUCAAUUGAACUGGCGAAACCAUUCCGCCAUCAGUUGAAAGAGUGGAAGUCAUCAUUCGACGCAUUUCUCCUUGCACAAGGAGCUGGUCGAAACCAUCCACGUCCACCACGAUCCGGCUUGGAUGGCAAUGCAUCUCUAGGCCUCUCUUACCGUGUGGUAAACAUCAUACUCUUUCGGGCCCUUCUCCGGCCUAUCGAGUCGAUUUUGCCUUCUCAAGACUGCAUUGGACCUGCAGGCCGAGAUGCUGUGCGCAUUGGAGCCAAGGCAUGCUGCUUGGAUGCCGUGGACUUUGUCGAAUCUCUUCAACGUAAUGUCUGGGAUGCCUUCUGGCAUUCCUGGUCUCGUGCAGGCUUUGCCGUGAUUUCGUCCAUGAUGAUCCGAUUGUUGAUCACGAGCGAAAACGGUACGGAAGUUGACGAGAUCAAUACUUUGAUACGGCGUUGGAGGUGGGCGUUGCGGACAGGCGGUGGAAGUGCGGGAAACGUUCUCAUGAGCCUCGCUCUCCUGAGGCUGGAUCGUUCGCUUGUAACAAAGGGGAUACAUGAGAGCGACGAAGAGGAGUGA